CCUUUCCUCCUCCAUUCAUCCGCACCGCGCACCUCGUCUACAGGCAUAAUGGUGCUCGAUUUAGACCUGUUUCGCACCGACAAAGGCGGCGAUCCUGAAAUUAUCCGGGAAACUCAGAGGAAACGGUUCAAAGAUGUGUCUCUGGUGGAUAAACUGGUCCAGGCGGACACAGAAUGGAGAAAAUGUCGUUUCACAGCAGAUAACCUUAACAAGGCCAAGAAUCUCUGCAGCAAAUCCAUCGGUGAAAAGAUGAAGAAGAAAGAGCCAGUAGGGGAUGAUGACACUCUUCCAGAAGAGGCUCAGAAUCUGGAAGCCCUCACUGCAGAAACGUUAUCGCCGCUUACUGUGACUCAGAUAAAGAAAGUGCGGGUUCUGGUGGAUGAGGCUGUGCAGAAGACAGACAGUGACCGGCUGAAGCUGGAGGCAGAGCGCUUUGAGUAUCUGCGAGAGAUCGGCAACCUCCUACAUCCCUCUGUGCCCAUCAGCAACGAUGAGGAUGCUGAUAAUAAAGUGGAGCGCACCUGGGGUGACUGCACGGUGCAGAAGAAGUACUCUCAUGUGGACCUGGUCGUCAUGGUUGAUGGAUAUGAGGGGGAAAAAGGAGCCAUUGUUGCUGGAAGCAGAGGAUACUUUCUCAAGGGGCCUUUAGUGUUCUUGGAGCAAGCUUUGAUUAACUAUGCGCUGCGGAUCCUGUACAGCAAGAACUACAACCUCCUGUACACACCCUUCUUCAUGAGGAAAGAAGUCAUGCAGGAGGUCGCUCAGCUCAGCCAGUUUGACGAGGAGCUCUACAAGGUGAUCGGGAAAGGAAGUGAGAAGUCUGAUGAUAACACAGUGGACGAGAAGUACUUGAUUGCCACAUCAGAGCAGCCAAUCGCAGCCUUCCUGAGAGAUGAGUGGCUGAAGCCAGAAGAACUUCCUAUCCGCUACGCUGGCCUCUCCACCUGCUUCAGACAGGAAGUGGGCUCUCAUGGCAGAGACACGCGCGGGAUCUUCAGGGUCCAUCAGUUUGAGAAGAUUGAGCAGUUUGUGUACGCCUCUCCUCAUGAUGGCAAAUCCUGGGAGAUGUUUGAUGAAAUGAUUGGAACCGCUGAAUCCUUUUAUCAAACAUUAGGAAUUCCUUAUCGAAUUGUCAACAUCGUGUCAGGUGCUUUGAACCACGCAGCUAGUAAAAAGCUGGAUUUAGAGGCUUGGUUUCCUGGUUCCCAGGCUUUUAGAGAGCUUGUGUCAUGCUCAAACUGUACAGACUAUCAGGCUCGUCGCUUGCGGAUUCGAUACGGGCAAACUAAGAAAAUGAUGGACAAGGCUGAGUUUGUGCACAUGCUCAAUGCCACCAUGUGUGCGACCACUCGUGUCAUCUGUGCCAUCCUGGAGAACUUCCAAACAGAGGAAGGCAUCAUUGUUCCAGAACCCCUCAAGGCAUUCAUGCCUCCAGGUUUAACAGAAAUAAUUAAGUUUGUGAAGCCAGCCCCCAUUGACCAGGAAACCACAAAGAAGCAGAAGAAACAGCAGGAAGGAGGAAAGAAGAAGAAACAUCAGGGCGGCGAUGCUGAUCUAGAGAACAAAGUGGAGAACAUGUCUGUCAAUGACUCUUAGACACGCCCUCCACAGUCUCAUCCAAUCAUAUUGGUUCACAGGUUCUUCAUUUCGUGUAACCUGAUCACAAUUGCUGUCCCCUGGAGCUCUCACUUUUUCAUCCAGGACAGUCCUACUGGAACUAAAGGUGAUGCUGUCAUGCUUAUAAUCUUAUCUCAUAUCAACCAAUCAUUUUCAUGCCAAGGGGUCUUUAGAAAUAUUCAAUUAAAUGCAUGGUGACAAGACAUUUAGCCAUUAGACUGAAAUGCUUUUACAGCACUUUAAUUUCCUGAAGGCACUGCAUUUCAAACCUGCCAAUGAAUUAAAGGGAACAUGACAGUCAGUACUGGGAUUAGAGGUGGGAGUUUUCGAACAUUCUGGAAAUUGGUUAUGAUAACGGACAGACCUCUUUCAAUAUCCUGUCUUAUAAUUAACAUUUGUGCUAUAUUUCAAGUAGAGGUAAUCAUUGAUUACUGUGCACCUAACAUUCACAUCGUCACAACAGUUAAAGCCAGCAGAAUGCAGCUUUCCAUCACGUCCAUCACGUCUUUCCUUCAUAGAAAUAUUUCUUUUCGUGAUUUGUCUGUAAAAGAGGAAAUGUUAUUAUAUGUACAGUACUAACUAAAGAUGCUUUGUGUGAGGAGGAGGAGGAGGACGGCAUUUGAGAAUAAAUCAAUACCUGAAGGA